AUGCGGAGAUCCAUCUUCACUGCGCAGCCCGCCGCGCGCGCUAUGAGCCGGGCCCUGAGCAACCAGCCCACCCGCCGCGCAUUCGCUUCCACCCCCGCGACCCCCAUUGAGCCCUCCAAGGAGCAAGCUCACCCGAUCGGCCCCUUUUACGAAUCCGUCCUUCGCACCCCCUCCGGUCCCUUCCCCAAGGUCAAGCCCGAAGAGCCCCCCGUCACCUCCCAAUCCAACCCCAAGUCCAUGCCCGAUCCCGCCCCCGCCCCCGCCGAAAAGCCCCCCGCCGAAAAGGAGAAGCCGACCGAGAAGCAAGCCCCCAACGCCGAGGAGAAACCCUCCACCAAACCCGCCCCCGCUCCCCCCAAGGAGGAGAAGCCAAAGCCCUCCCCCAAGGCCGCCGCCGUCGAGGAAGAAAAGCCAGUCGAGGCCCCCAUCGCCGAGGAAAAGAAGCCGUUGAAGCGCACCCGCAAGCCACGAAGCACCGGAACCAAAGUAAUCUUUGGCUCCUCCCUCGCCGGCCCCGCCGAGCGCGCCGAACGCCUCGCCCGCAUAAAAUCCGAAUCCCGCCUCAUCAACGGUGUCCUCGUGCCCCCAAAACCAGAUGAACCAGACAAUUGCUGCAUGAGCGGGUGUGUAAACUGCGUCUGGGAUCGGUUUCGUGACGAGAUGGAGGAUUGGGCUGCAAAGUCCAAACUUGCGGAAGCGAGGAUGGAGGCUGCGACAGAAGUGGGAGAACAGGUGGGGGUUACGCAGGACAGUAUAGAGAGCACAAAUACCACUAGUACUACUAUGGAGGAUGAUGGCGGUGGCUCGGUCGCGAAUUGGGAUGCGGAUGGGAAAACAACUAGAGAUCUUUGGGAUGAGGAGCUGUACAAGAACGUGCCGGUGGGGAUUAGGGAGUUUAUGAAGCAGGAGAAGAAGUUGAAGGAGAAGCAUGCUAGGGAGGGGACUUUGGGGGGUUAA